CAAUGGCAGCCCGGCUAAGGCUUUUGGGAAAAUCUGUUCAACAGCUGAAUGGUAUCAGCGGCAAACAUGUGUGUGGCACCGCUAGUGCAGUCUCAGUGCCAAACAGGUACCAGCACAGUCAUCCCAAAUCCAGUGAUGAGAGACCACGCUUAGAAACUUCUCAAGCCAAGUCUUUAAUGGACAUAGGCACAAGGGGUGUCUUUAGUUCAGACCACGACAUCUUCAGAGAAAGCGCAAGAAAAUUCUUUCAGCAGGAAGUGGUCCCCUACCAUGCUGAGUGGGAGAAGGCAGGACAAGUAAGCCGGAACUUAUGGGAGAAAGCUGGUGAACAGGGUCUUUUGGGUACCAGUACCCCUGAAGAGCAUGGUGGCAUCGGUGCUGAUAUUCUGUCAUCUGCUAUUGUAUGGGAAGAACAGAUGUAUGUGAACUGCACAGGACCCGGUUUUAGUCUUCACUCUGACAUUGUGAUGCCUUACAUCUCAAGAUAUGGCAGCAAGGGCCAAGUAGAAAAAUAUAUUCCUCAAAUGACUGCUGGCAAAUGCAUUGGGGCUAUAGCUAUGACUGAGCCAGGCGCUGGCAGUGACUUACAGGGUGUUAGAACAAAUGCCAAGAAAGAUGGAAGUGAUUGGAUACUCAACGGCAGUAAGGUGUUUAUUACCAAUGGCUGGAUGAGUGAUGUAGUGAUUGUUGUUGCUGUGACAAACCGUGAAGCUCGCACACCCGCUCAUGGGAUCAGUCUUUUCCUUGUGGACAACGGAACUAAAGGUUUUGUUAAGGGGAGGAAACUGGAGAAAAUUGGCUUGAAGGCACAGGACACAGCAGAAUUGUUUUUCGAGGAUGUACGGCUUCCUGCUGAUGCUUUAUUGGGGCAGGAAAAUAAAGGCUUUUAUUACUUAAUGGCAGAACUUCCCCAGGAAAGGUUACUGAUUGCAGAUAUGGCUCUUGCUAGCUGUGAAUUCAUGUUUGAGGAAACCAGGAACUAUGUGAAACAGAGAAAAGCUUUUGGAAAGACUAUUGCACAUUUACAGACUGUACAGCACAAGCUGGCUGAGCUGAAGACACAGAUCUGUGUGGGUCGUACCUUCCUGGACAACUGUCUUCAGCUUCAUGCGGAGAAACGUUUAGACUCCGCCACAGCUUCCAUGGCAAAAUACUGGGCAUCUGAUCUACAGAAUACUGUGGCAACUCAGUGUCUCCAACUUCAUGGAGGGUGGGGAUACAUGUGGGAGUACCCAAUAGCAAAAGCUUAUGUUGAUUCUCGUGUUCAACCAAUCUAUGGUGGCACCAAUGAGAUCAUGAAGGAACUUAUUGCCAGAGAUAUUGUAAAAGAAAAGUAGCCUUUCACCACUGAAAUUCUGUUCUGCUACUCUGCCUUAACGUUUUCACGUGCCAUUCUUCUUCUCACAUUUUUAUAUUGGUUUCUUCGUUUGUUGCGCGGAAUGAUCCUAUUACAUGAACACAUUUUUCCUGAUUGCACUUAUGGAUGUAGAAAUAGAAUCUUAAAUUCUGACUGUUUGCCAAUGGACUGGGUGACUUGAGUUUUAUUUUGAAUUCUUUCCUUUGUAAAUCUGUCUGGUACCUGAAGGAUUAAUGGUUAGAUCUCACUCAAACUUAAAGGAGAACUGACCCCCCCCCAGUAAUAAAAGCCCCCCUUAACUGCCUGCCAUUUCCCCCCUCCCUUAUCCACACUGUGCAUUAGUGAAAAAGGCACCCCUGUAAAAAACUUUACCCUAAAAUGCAGAGAAGUGCAGCAGAGUUCCCUAGCACCAUCUACCUGUUUGACUAAUGCACAGUGUGAGGAGGGAGAGGGGAGAAAUGGGAGGCAUUUAAGGGGGGGGGGGGGUUUAGUUCAUAUUUAAAGGAGGCAGCAGCAAAUACAUGCCAGAGGGAAUCGUUGCUAAACCAUAGCAAUCCUUUAAGAACAUGUUCUUUACAUUUAAAAGAAAAGUUUUAACAAGAUAUUGGCUCAGGCUGAAAUAAAGUGGACAUUUACCCUGAAAUUAACUUAAAGUAUGAUGUAGACAAUAGUGCUGUAAGAAAGACAGUGGUUGGUCUUUUUGUGUGUUUAUGUGUGUGUGAUUUAAGAAUUAUUAAAUUUUCGUUCUGCAGCUUUUCAGUUUGGUAUUUGGCAGUGGUUCAGUUGGCAGACUGAAUGAUGAAUAGAAGAUAGGAGAAGUGAGUGAAAAAUUUAAGAAUUUAAAAUAAUAAGCUAUUCUUACCAUUAAAUGUUCUUUCUUCAGAUAGAGAGAACCACCAGUAUGGCUUUUCAGAAUUUUACUAAGUGGCCUUUGAGCCUUAAAAGCUUUUUUCUCUGUGUUUAACGCACGAGUAACCAUGCAGUAUCUCAAUGACCGGUUAGUGCCUGCACAUAUAUUAAACCAAGAUUCCGCUUGGCUUCUGCUGGAUUCAGGGCUGCAGACUGAAUCUGUUCCUGUUUUGUCCAAGUAAUGAUAAACCGAAUCCUUACCUCUGUAAAAUCCAGGUUUUGUAAAUGACAAUAUUAAUUGCUAAUGGGUUUUUUUUUUCAAUAAAGCACUAUUGAACAGUU